UUCCAAGGCUAUGCAAUUGUAAGGUUCUAACACGCCGCAACCUGGGUUGUUGAGCCCCAGUCGGAUAUACGACUGUCUGAAUAGCCAACACCGAAGCGUAUCCUGUUACCAGUUCACUCGACGUGAUGGUUCUCAGUGAGAGCAGCGUCUUGGAAGUGCUGAAUACUAAUUUGAAGAAGAGAGCCACUCAGUUCGACCGUGGAGAUCUCUCUUUUAUUAUAGUGGCAGGUGCCAUGGUAUCUUUCAUGAUACCGGGUCUUGCCUUUCUAUAUUCUGGAUUGGGAAGGAGAAAGUCCGCUUUAUCGCUUAUCUGGGCAGUCACUGCCAGCAAUGCAGUCUGCAUUUUUCAGUGGUACUUCUGGGGUUACUCCUUGGCGUUUUCGCCAACUGCUACCAAUGGAUUCAUCGGAAACCUUGCCCACUUUGGCCUGAUGAACGUCCUUGACGACCCUUCACCAGGUUCCCCGCUAAUUCCUGACCUGUUGUACGCAUUUUACCAGAUGGAAUUCGCAUGCGUCACAGCAGGAAUCCUGAUGGGCGGGAUUGCCGAACGAGGUCGGGUUCUCCCAGCUGCAAUCUUCACAUUUGUGUGGUUGACCUUGGUUUAUUGCCCCCUCGCUUGCUGGCCGUGGAAUAUAAAUGGAUGGGGUUUUAAGUAUGGCGUUCUUGAUUAUGCAGGUGGAGGCCCUGUGGAGAUCGGAAGCGGGGUAGGAGGACUUGCCUAUGCCUGGGUGCUUGGUCGUAGGCAGGAGAAGGAGCUCCUGAACUUCCGACCACACAAUGUUUCCAUGGUUAACUUGGGCACAUUCAUACUCUGGUUUGGAUGGCUAGGUUUCAAUGGUGGUAGCGCUUUCGGUGCCAACUUACGCGCUGUCAUGGCGGUGUGGAACUCCAUGCUUGCUGCUGCGUUUGGCGGUAUCGUUUGGUGUCUCCUCGACUACCGUCUGGAGCGCAAGUAUACUAUGGUCGGGUUCUGUUCCGGAACCAUUGCUGGUCUCGUGGCAGCCACACCUGCUUCAGGAUACAUACAUCCAUGGGCAGCGGUCAUCUUGGGCACGAUCACAGGCGCCGUAUGUAAUUACGCAACGAAAGUUAAAUUCCUUCUUCAUGUGGAUGACGCACUCGACCUGUUUGCUGAGCACGCUGUCGGUGGGAUGGUGGGUCUCUUAGCGAACGCAUUUUUUGCUUCCCGUUCUGUUGUCGCUCUAGACGGCGUCAACACAAACAUUCCUGGCGGCUGGGUCGAUCGCCAUUGGAAGCAGCUUUACAUUCAAGUCGCCUAUAUUUGCGCGACUUGCUCGUAUACCUUCGUUGUUACGGCUCUCAUCGCCAAGUGCAUCAACAUAAUCCCUGGCCUCCACUUACGCACUACGGCUGAGGGUGAGAAACUCGGUCUUGACGAAGUCGAGAUUGGUGAAUUCGCGAACGACUAUAUCGAAGUACGGCGUGAUUAUAUGGACUGGACGGCAUCUGGCGACCCCAUGAGUGCACACGGACUCGUUGCUGCUGGUGACAGACACGGUCAGCCAGACCUUACGCAACCGGAUCAUGUGUGCAUUGAAGUACCGAAGCCCGAUAGAAAUGAUGAGAAGUCCAUUGAAGUUCCUCAGGCCGACGCAGCCUCUCCUUAAUUGCAUGGUUCCUCGGUUUUGCACUCUGUAAACAUAUCUACCCGUCUAUCACUUCACUUGUAUCUCCAUGCACUAGUCUUCGCUCUCUUUUCUAUUCCUGUCUUCAGCAUAAUUAUUGGGAGGCAAAUUGCUAACAUUCCGUACUUCACUUCCAUCCCAAGAAGAGGGCGUAUCGGUUGCAUAGUAAUACAUAGUUACCUGCGCUGCAAAGGUUCAUCAUAAUAUCACUACCUUGGGUAGCCAAAAAAAUUCUAGUCUGAGGUUCGGGUCAACCCUCGUCUGAACAACCUGGAUAUCAAUCGCGCCAGCUCGUGGCGACAAUUUAGCCAAAUUCAACAAUUAUUGUGUUCACAACU